UCUCAUUGGCUCCCGCUGCUCCAUUUAAAGGAAUCCACCUGGUUUGUCCUUUUAGAUCCUUCAGCAUCUCCUAAGAGGAACUAUAAACGUUCGCUAUUUUCCGAAAGGGACCAUAAAUCUUUGAAGAUCAGAUUCGGAGCGUGGAGCAACGUCUUUGAGCUACUUUUAUAUACAGCCUGAGAAUCUCAUCAGUGAUCGAAGAGCGAUUUCAGAGCAGCAAAUAGCAAUAUAUCUUGCCUCUCUGAAAUGAAGACAGAUAUUUAUGUGGUGCACGUGGGAUCUCCAUAAGAUUUUAAAGGGGUACUUAGGGGCUUUAUUCCAGAUCCAAAGAACUGAUAUAUGAAUGAUUAACACUUUUACUGACCAGCUGAUCUCGCAUUACUCCAGUCAUGGAACGACGGGGUGCUUUUUUAUAAGUAGGCCUACAUAAUAUUUUUUUCCCCCCACGAUAUGGAGAGUUCGCCAUGCGCUCCUUUGGGGUUUGCUGCUGUAGGUAACUUUUAUACCAUGGAUCCAGGAGGGCUUUCAACAAGUUUUAGGGCUCGUUUAUCUUCUGGAAUUUAUUCUGCGGUUUCGUGAAGUAACGUUAGCUAAUUACGCAAAGGCUGCAGGAUUUCUGAAGACUUUUUAAAGAGGGUUUUUUCAUUAAUUUAUCGCACGGUCCGGAGCAGAUCACAUCGGCUCUCAUGGGAAUUAAACACUCUUCCCGCUGUUUGCUCCUCAGGAGAAAAAUGGCGGAUGUGGAGAGCGCUGAGCAACAGCCUCUGAGUGCCGCCCCGUCUCAGUCGGUCCAGCCAUCUCCUCUGCCCAAACCAGUGUCAUCGGUCCAUCAUGCCCAGCGGCCCACACACCCAUCCCAUGCGCCACACACUCCUCAUUCUGCCAACUUACCCAGCUGCCCUGGCAGAGGAAAGAUGGCCAAGUUCCUCAACCCCGACGAGAUGACCUCCAGGGAUUACUAUUUUGACUCGUACGCCCACUUUGGCAUUCAUGAGGAAAUGCUGAAGGACGAAGUGAGGACGUUGACGUACAGGAACUCCAUGUACCAUAACAAACACAUCUUCAAGGACAAGAUUGUGCUGGAUGUGGGGAGUGGUACUGGCAUCCUCUCCAUGUUUGCUGCUAAGGCCGGAGCCAAGCACGUGUAUGGGAUUGAAUGCUCAAGUAUAUCAGAACACUCUGAGAAAAUCAUCAAGGCCAAUCAUCUGGACAGUGUUAUAACCAUCUUUAAAGGGAAAGUGGAAGAGACGGAGCUGCCGGUAGAUCAGGUGGACAUUAUCAUUUCAGAGUGGAUGGGUUACUGCCUUUUUUAUGAGUCCAUGCUCAACACAGUCAUCUAUGCCAGAGAUAAGUGGCUGAAACCUGGAGGUCUGAUGUUCCCAGACAGGGCUGCUCUAUAUGUGGUGGCCAUUGAAGACAGGCAGUACAAGGACUUCAAGAUUCACUGGUGGGAGAACGUUUAUGGUUUUGAUAUGACCUGCAUCAGGAACGUAGCUAUGAAAGAACCACUGGUGGACAUCGUGGACUCGAAACAAAUGGUAUCCAAUGCGAGCCUGAUCAAGGAAGUGGACAUCUACACGGUGAAGCCAGAGGAACUGUCCUUCAGCUCCUCCUUCUGUCUGCAGAUCCAGAGGAACGAUUAUGUCCACGCUCUGGUCACCUACUUCAAUAUCGAAUUCACCAAGUGUCAUAAAAAGACGGGCUUCUCUACAGCACCAGAUGCCCCGUACACACACUGGAAGCAGACAGUGUUUUAUCUGGAGGAAUAUUUAACUGUGAAAAGAGGAGAGGAGAUAGUCGGCACUGUCAGCAUGAAGCCAAACGAGAAGAACGCACGUGAUCUGGACUUUACCUUCGAGCUGGAUUUUAAAGGUCAGCUAUGUGAGGCAGCUAUCGCUCAUGACUACAAGAUGCGCUAAGUGGCCAGCAGUGGCCAGAGACGGUUCUGACAGCACUCAGAGAAGAAGAGGCUCUGGAUCACAGCCCUGCUGCUGGGAAGAGACAGAGACAGAGACAAAGGCAGAGAGAAAGACCAGGACAGACGCUGCUAUCUCUGGGAGUCUUGCCAGCGUAUUUGGAGCAGGGUGGCCAUGUCUUUACCAACUCUCUGACUGUUCACGGGCCAACUCUGACUACACCCCACUGCAAACAAAAGAUUGUCAUGCUCUUAUGAAUGUUAAGUGUUAGUUUAUUGCUACUUUGCUUUUACAUUAGGGGUGUGAGUUAUUUAAUAUAUACACAUAGAUCUAAUAAUAAUAUAGAUAUUUAAUAUUGAAGGUUGUGUUUCCAAGUCCCAGGCAUUAAGAAUAUUUUUAUUUAAUGUAUCGUAUUAAGAGAAUAACUCCAAGGACAUAGUAAUAAUUCAUUCAAAUUUAAUCACUGCAGGACUUUAACUAUUUCAAUUCAGAAAAGUAAGUGACCUCAUAGAUUUAAAAUUAUGUUUUAAAGAAAUCCAGGUCAUUCUCAGAAAAUGGCACAGUUAUUUGUUAAAAUAAUGUAUAAUAUAUAUUUUAGUUUUAUUGAAAUACUACAUAAUCCACUGCAUACUUAAAUAUCAUGGCUAAUAAUAGAAUAUAUUUUAUAUGACCCAUAUAUAUAUAUAUAUAUAUAUAUAUAUAUAUAUAUAUAUAUAUAUAUAUCAUAAAAUUAAGAUUUGGGGCAUCGUAAACAGUUCUAAACAGUUUCUUGCCCAUGAAUAUCAGAGGAAACCGACUCAGAUGCUACUAAUGGAAAUUCCAAGAGAGAGAAAAAAAAAGUGUGAUUGCAAAACAGUGAUGUGUUAUAAUUGUAAAUGUGUUUUUUCUAGUAACUUGAUGAGACUGCAAUAUCAUAUCAUAAUAUGUAGUGGUAGUAUUAAUUAUGAUUCUAGAUGUGUGAUAAUUACAUUUCCACGUUGAGCACAGAGAUGAAAAUAGAAAAAGAGAAACCGCUCAAUACAUAUCAAAAUAUAGAUGGCAAGUGAAAUGCUGGCUUGGUCUGCGGUGAGAUCUUGAUGAGCUGGACUCAGAUGGCACCUGCUGCUCUUCACCCGUGCUCUUAUCAGAGUCUUCGCCAAGGCCAUGACUGGGAUCGUCCCGGUCCCGGUGACCCCCGAGUCACUGCUGAUUAUGCUGUUCAAGUCCUCACCAAAGACAUUCAGUCCACUUGCAAAGCACAUUUUCCUUGUCCUGUGUUACAUUUAUAGUUCAUUGUUUUUACUAUUAGAUAUUUAUCUGAUAUCUUAGUGGAUUAUUGUGGAUUGGGAAAUGUGAAUAACUAUCUUUGUGCAAGGAAUGGUUUUCCUCAUCCAAUAUUGAUAGGGUGUUUAGUAUUGAAAUUUGAGGUUUACAUGUUAAAAAUGUUUUAAUAUGAUUAUUCUGCCUUGAUUUGAGCAUCUAUCAAGAUGACAGUAAACACAAAUGCUUAAAAAUAAUUAAAACAAAGAAUGAUGGAAGCAUAUUUUGUGGUUUUUAAAGACCUGUUGCUGUUGUGAUAAAACAUGAAAGUGAAACAAAAAAAGAGUGAACAUUUCUGAAACGUUGGUGAUGUAAGUUGGUAAAGCAAAUAGAAGUCAUUUGUUCAUUAAA